CUUUUCAGUUUCUCUCUUCUGUGAUCGUUCUUCUUCUUGUGACUUGUGAGUAUCUAAACAGAGAUGUCUUACGUUCCACCACAUAAACGACAUGAAAAUGUUGGAUUGAUAGCAUCCUCUGUUCCACCUUCUCUUCUUACAAAGCUCAAUAAAAACCUCGGGAGUACUAAUACAAAGAUAAUCUACGCAAACGAUUUCAUUUAUAGAUGGUUUCUCGUUGGUUCAGAAUCAGAGGACAAUUACUUUCAACUUGUGCCCGUUUCUUUAAAGUGGAGGAACGACGCAGAAGAAAAAUCUUUGGGAAUCUUAGCGAAGAGUGAUUUUGGAAAACAGGAAACUCCAUGGUUAUGGGUGACAGAGAAAGUGGAGGAUGAUCUUAUAAAGGGGUUUGAUAGGGCAAAGAAGACGUUGCUACGUUACGGUGGAUCAGAGGAUGUCAAACUCAGACUGAUCGCUCGAUUUGGUAAAGUUGUUUUCCAUGGUGUUAGUUCAUCAGAUACUCUAAGAGAUGGUCCGUUAACUAAAAGCACAUUGGAAAAUUUGAAGAAAACGUUUCGUACAAAUGUCCCAAAGUCUUAUGUCGAAAACGUUAGGUAUGGAGUUGUGCACAAAAUGGGAUUUUGUGUUGAAGAAACCAAAGAGUUGUAUCACGUGAAGGUCGCAGACAACACUCGUCCUGAUGCAACCAUCUCAUGUAAAUGUAUGGUGGACCAACAACAUAAACGACUCAAUUUCUAUAAGGCGGAGCUUAGUGCUUUGAGGCACUUAAAUCUUGACGUCUCAUGCCUUGAUCAAGAUCUUGACAUGAGGUUGAUGGUUGACUCAAAAAGGACAUUAACCAAUCUCUCAGAGAAUGAGAUUAAGAAUCUCAAAGAAUUGACUGAUUCAGCGGUGAUAGAUCCAACUGUGAAAGGUGGGUUAAAGUGGCCACUUGGGAAAUCUUCUUGUGCGGAUCGAUAUAGAGUUUGUGGUGUUUGGCAUACUAUAAAUACUACGUACAGAAACCAGGCUCUGAGGCUUCAAAUCCUAGAGGCUGAUCGAUAUGAUUUCCGCACUGGGAUUGGAGGAACCUCAAGUGUUGUGAAUCUCAAAUUGAAAGCCUUAAGUACUAUACUACUAAAGGAGGAAAAUGUGGAGAGGAAAUGUGUUUCAGACAUGCUGAAAGAUGGUCUGAAAGCAGUUUGGGAUUACUUUUUGAAAGAAGUAUCUGAUUGUGGUUUGGUUGACUUCUUCUUCUCUAGAGGCUUCACGAGUUCAAUAAUGAGUCAGAAGGGUUUGAUAUAUAGCUUUGUUGCUAAAGGAACAGUUGUUCUAGCGGAGCAUACUCCUUAUUCAGGCAACUUUAGCACCAUUGCUGUUCAAUGUCUGCAGAAGCUACCCACUAAUAGCAGCAAGUAUACUUACUCUUGCGAUGGUCAUACUUUCAAUUUCCUUGUCGACAAUGGUUUUGUGUUUCUAGUGGUUGCUGAUGAGUCCACCGGAAGAAGUGUUCCUUUCGUGUUUCUUGAACGGGUCAAGGAAGACUUUAAGAAGCGGUAUGAAGCGAGUAUAAAGAAUGAUGAGCGACAUCCUCUUGCAGAUGAUGACGAAGAUGAUGAUUUGUUUGGAGAUCGGUUUAGCAUUGCAUACAAUCUUGACAGGGAGUUUGGGCCCAUACUUAAGGAGCAUAUGCAGUAUUGUAUGAGCCAUCCAGAAGAGAUGAGCAAACUUUCAAAGUUGAAGGCCCAAAUUACUGAGGUCAAGGGGAUCAUGAUGGACAACAUUGAGAAGGUUCUAGACAGAGGAGAGAAGAUCGAACUUCUGGUUGACAAAACCGAGAACCUACAGUUCCAGGCGGAUAGCUUCCAGAGACAAGGAAGGCAGUUAAGAAGGAAGAUGUGGCUACAGAGUCUGCAGAUGAAGCUGAUGGUGGCUGGUGCUGUUCUCUCCUUUAUUCUCAUCGUUUGGGUUGUUGCUUGUGGAGGUUUCAAAUGUUCAUCAUGAUGUUUCGCUUCGUUUGUACCUGUUUUAACACUUAAAUCGCAUGCUCAUGUUUGUACAUUGAAGAACUUAUAAUAACAUAUCAUCAUCAUC